CGAAAUCUUUCCUCUGCCCCACCAUCGCGAGAACCUUCCUCCCCGACAUCCCUCCCCCUCUUUAACGACACCACUCGCCCAUCAUGAACGGAGAAGACCCGCCUGAGCGACCCAACGAGAUCGCCGACAUCAUCAACGGCCUCGAGCGAUACAACCCCGAGGCUGUCGGCGCUCUCGAGACGUACCUGCAGGACCAAUGCGAGGGAAAGUUCACUGACUGCAAUGCCAACCGGACGCUGCUGAAGCUCUACCAGCUCAACCCCGACCGCAUCAAGGAUGAGGUCAUCACCAACAUCCUGGUCAAGACCAUGACCCAGUUCCCUUCGUCGCAGUUCUCCCUCGCCCUCCAUCUCAUCAACCCCUCAUCCGUCGCCACUGGCGACCUCGGCGAGGCCAUCACCAAGCUCCGCUCCCUCAACGGCGAGCUUGAAGGUGCUCAGUACGCCCGCUUCUGGGCCGACCUCGACGACGACAUGGUUGCCGACCUGAUCGCCGAUAUCCCCGACUUUGAGGACCUCAUCCGCCACCGCAUCGCCCUCCUCGUCUCACAAGCCUUCCGCGAGCUCAAGCUCAGCCACCUCGAGUCGUGGUUGGGUCUCGACAACGAGGAGGCGACAAAGAAGUUCGUCACCGAGGUUGCUGGCUGGUCUGUUGAGGACGACGAUACCGUCAAGGUGCCCUCGAACCCUGACAACGAAGCCAAGAAGGCUGAGAUCCGCGAGGACGUGUCCGUGGAGCAGUUCUCCAGGGUGCUCCGGCGGUCAUGGGAAGACACCGUUUAAGGGUUUUUGUUGUAGCGUGUGAAAGGGUUCCUGCGCACCUCCUCGUCGAUGGACCUGGCAUGAACUGACGACUUCAUGAUGCGGGAUGGCAGGAAUGGCUUGGCUAGGCUAGCAUGGCAGCAUGGAGGGGGUUACAAAAUCUAGGCGUUUAAUCGGACAUGAACAUGUUAUUGCUAAGCAUCCAAGGAUCUAGAGCAUCCAUAGAACUUUGCGAUCUGUUGGAA